AUGACCCGCGUCUUCUCGGAGGGCGGAGUUGUGGAGCCUGUGAGCGUCAUCGAGGCUGGUCCCUGCAUAGUUACGCAGGUGAAGACCAGUCAGGCCAACGGCUACGAGGCGGUGCAGGAGUUCAGAGUGGACGACCUGGGCGAUGCUCAGAUAGGGCAGAGGAUAGACGUAAGUAUGUUCGAAGCCGGGGAUAUAGUGAACAUCAGCGGGGUAUCCAAAGGAAAAGGAUUCGCCGGUGGUAUGAAGCGGCACAACUUCAAGGGCGGUCCCAAGACCCACGGGCAGUCGGACCGGGCGAGGGCGCCGGGUUCGGUGGGCGCGGGCACAACUCCAGGCAGAGUGUGGAAGGGCACCAAGAUGGCCGGGCAUAUGGGUAACAAGAAGGUCACUGCUCUCAAUCUGAAGGUGGUGAAGGUGGACCUGGAGCGGAAUCUGCUGCUGGUGAGGGGCGCCGUGCCCGGCGCAAGGAACGGUAUGCUGAGCGUCGGGACAAUCGAGGUAAAUGACGGCCUGUUCGACGUUCCAAUGAACCAGGCCUUGGUGCAUCAGGUGGCCGUGGCCCACAGGGCCAACGCGCGCCAGGGCACGUCUGCCACCAAGACCAGAGGUAUGGUGUCCGGCGGAGGCGCGAAGCCGUGGCGGCAGAAGCACACCGGCCGCGCCCGCCAGGGUAGCCGUCGUGCGCCCCAGUGGAGAGGCGGCGGCAUAGUCUUCGGCCCGCAGCCGCGGGACUAUUCCCAGCGCAUCCCCAAGAAGAUGAACCGCGGGGCCAUUCGCUGCCUUCUGUCCCAGAAGGUGCGGGAAGAGAAGCUGACGGUGCUGGAAGGGCUUGAGUUUGAACAGCCCAAGACCAAGGAGAUGGUGGCAGUCCUGGCCAACUUGGGUAUAGCAACUCCGGUUCUGGUCGUGACUCCCGUGCCACAGACUGAUAUAAUACUCUCCGCUCGCAACCUCCCUCGUGUAAAAACCCUGCCCGUGUUCCAGCUGAACCCCUGGACCUGCUGA